UGUCAUCAACGAAGAGUUUUGACACCUGUAAUACCCAUAUUUCUACCAUUCACCUCUGUAACCUUUGUUGAGUUCAUCAGACUGUCCAAGACAGGAAGUUGAGGAAUAAAGUUGACAGGACAUCCUGAACUGUCCUCGCUACCAGCUUAUGAGGGAACCAGCUGCAGUGGACAAAGUACGUUACAUCAUAGAAUAAUAGCAUUGAAUUGGAUUCUUGAACCAGAGCCAUGUGAACCUGGUCCACCUGUACCUCUCAUUGAAGACCUGUUAACAUCACCAGAGUAUGUUCAUUCUGAUACCCCUAUGGUAUGGUUACAGCAUGCAUUAUCCCUGAAUCCAUUAAAAGAGCUGCAUUGGCAACGAAACAACCCAAUGUGGUCGAUUGUAAGGAAAUAUAGCAUAUCAGCUUCCAACUUUGGUGCAGUUCUCAGUUCUAAGCAAAGGCGAUUGACAUUGUCACUGAAGAAACAGCUGAUGUCGGCUUACAAUCUGGAGUCCAUCAAGGCUGUUGCAUGGGGUAUCACUCAUGAAGAUGAUGCUUUGAGAAAGUAUGAAAAGGACUUAGAUGCAGCUGUAGAGCAGUCAGGAUAUGGUUGCAUGAAUCCGGAGUGUUGGGAGCUUCACCUGAUGGCUUAGUUGUUCGACCACCAACAUGCAGUGUAUUUUAUCAAACUCCAGAAGCCAAAGACGCCAUUCCUAAUAUUGUAGAGGUGAAGUGUCCAUAUACAGCAUCGUCUUCAACAGUAGCAGAUGAGGCACAAAAUUUGAAGGAUUUUUCAUAGGUAAAUAACAUUAAAAAUCUGUAUUGUCCAGUACUUUGAAAUUAAAAAUCUUGGUGAGUAAAUGAUUUCAAAACAUGUAUUAAUUUACAAGUGCAGCUGUUCAAUAUGGUAUGAAGAUAUUGAAAAAGGAGGGGAUAUGUACUGGUAUAACACAACUUAAGUGUUUUUUGAUUUUUUUUUUAGAUCUUAAACAAGAUACCCUGUGCCUGAAAACCAGUCACCCAUACUAUCAUCAAAUUCAAGGCCAUGCAGCUACACAUAUGUAACAAAACAUUCUGCGACUUAAUUGUGUGGACAAGAGUAGACUGCAUUGUGAUUAGAAUAGUAAAAGACAUUGAAUGGACAGCAAAUGUUCCAAAGCUGAUAGAUUUCUACAUUAACAUUUUCAUUCCAGCACUGAUGGAAAACUGAGUUCUGGUUUGAACUUCUUGACACUUAGUUUUGUACCUCUAGAAUUUUCUAACAAUGGAAAAUGGGUAAUCAUGUUAAAUGUGUUGAAUGUUCCUAAGUCUCAUAAAUGUAUGAUAUGAUAUGUCACAAUCCAUCAUAAAACUUCUGGCUUAUAAGACUAUUUUAAAUAGCAAUGAUGAUUAAUAAAAUCUAUGUACUACAUAAAAAAAGAAUAUCAAAAUUUAGAAUCAUUUUAUUAAUGAAUUGAAGAUGUUAUUCUCAAAGUGAAAAUGUAACAUUUUGGUCUUUCUUAAUAGAUAAAUUGUUGAAAACAUGAA